AGAUAACCCCCUUUUCCAUACUCCCCCUUCCCUCGUCGUCCCUGUGAAAGGUCAAACAGUGUAACCAAACAAACAUGACUCAGUCCUUUUCUUCGGCAGGAGAACAUGGCUGCACACGCCAGAUGUCUGCUCUUCAUCGGAUUGUCUGUUCUACUAACAGGUGCAGGAAAGUCUGCGUAUGUGGGAAAGAGUCACGGCAGCGGAAAGGACAAUUCGGUGCUGCAGUAUGUCGUGAACAACUCGCUGAGGGAACAUCCUGUCCUCACCAAACUCAGACUGAGAACUCUGGAGGACGAGAGCAGCAGCAUGAUGGUAGCGAGUGAACAAGCCCAGCUCAUGGCUAAUCUCAUGAAACUCAUCAACGGCACGAGAGCUAUUGAAAUCGGGAUGUACACGGGGUAUAACGCACUCAGCAUGGCGCUGGCCAUGCCGGAUAACGGACACGUGGUAGCGUGUGAAACAAACGACGUCUACGUGGACAUCGCCAAACCAUUUUUUCAAGAGGCAGGAGUGGAGCGUAAGAUAGAAGUGCGACUCCAAAGGGCGAUGACCACGCUCAAUGAACUGCUAGCAGCUGGAGGGAAUGGAACCUUUGACUUUGUCUUCAUUGAUGCUGACAAAGCCAACUAUGAUGGAUACUACGAAAAGUCCUUAGAGCUCAUUCGGAAAGGGGGCAUCAUCGUUGUUGAUAACGUGCUAUGGGGCGGCAGGGUUGUGGAUCCAGCGCCUGACGACGCGACCUCCAGGACGCUGGAUGCUCUCAAUAAGAAGCUCCACAAGGACCAGAGGAUCCACCUGAGCAUGAUCACGGUGGGGGACGGGCUGACCAUCGCCAUUAAACGAUAAACGGCAUCCAACGUGGUUUGUGUAGCCCUCAUUAGCGACCGACAAACUGCUAAUCAAAUGAGAGGAACCGGGCCUGUCACGUCUGGGAAUCCUCCAGCCCACGUGCCAUAUUUGGACCGGAAGAGCAAUUGAUGCAGUCUACCAGGAAAUUUUAAAACAAAUAAAGCUUAAAAAAAAAGUAACAUACAAGAAAUGU